UAAUGGUUCUGUGGAGCGUUAUAAGGCACGCUUGGUUGCCAAGGGUUUUACACAGGAGUAUGGAAUAGACUAAACAUUUGCUCCAGGUGCUCGUCACACAUCUAUGCGCAGUUUGCUUGCUAUUGCUGCUAAACAAAGAUGGAAAUUGUUUCAAAUGGAUGUGAAAAGUGCUUUUCUUAAUGGUGACUUAGAAGACAAAGUUUAUAUGAAACCACCUCCUAGGCUCAACCAUCCUCCAAACAAAGCAUGUCGAUUGCGACGUGCAUUAUACGGGUUGAAACAAUCCUCUCGAGCAUGGUAUGCAAAAUUUAGUGCUAUUGUGAGUGACUUUGGUUUUACUUUGAGUCAACAAGAUACAACUCUAUUCAUUCAUAAGACUACUCGAGGUAUGGUUCUUUUACUUCUUUAUGUUGAUGACAUGAUUAUUACUGGAGAUGAUAUCGCUGGUGUUGAGGACUUAAAACAAUCUCUCAGUCAGAAAUUUGAAAUGAAAGAUCUUGGUGUUCUAAGCUAUUUUCCAGGGCUUGAAGUCAACUCUUCAGAUGAUGGCUACUUGCUUUCUCAAGUAAAGUAUGACUUCAAUUUUAUUUCUAAAGCUGAACUCAAUGAUAGCAAGAGUGUUUCUACACCUCUUGAGCCUAAUGUCAAGCUUACACCUAUGGAUGACUCUCUACUUUCUAAUCAUACUCACUAUCGGCAAUUGGUUGGUAGUCUGGUUUAUUUUACCACAACACGCCCUGACAUAGAAUAUGUAGUUCACAUUGUUAAUCAAUUUAUGGCUGCUCUUUGUUCCACUCAUUAUGCAGCAGUACUUCACAUUAUUCACUAUGUUAAGGGAACAUUGUUUCAUGGACUUCACUUUUCUACUCACUGAUCUCUUGAACUUCGUGUUUAUUCAGAUGUUGAUUGGGCUAGUGACUUUAAUGAUCGUAAAUCCACCACUGGAUAUUGUCUUUUUGUUGGUGAUUCCUUAAUCUCUUGACGUAACAAGAAGUAGACAGUUCCAUCACGUUCUAGCACAGAGACUGAAUAUUGAGCACUUGGAGACACCAUAUCAGAGUUACUUAACUUACAUUGGCUAUUAGAAGAUAUGGGUGUUCCUCAACCGCCUACUACUAAUCUUUGUUGUGACAAUCAGAAUGCCAUACAGAUUGCUUAUAAUGAAGUCUUCCAUGAAUG